UAGAUUGAGGGACAUCCUCCUCAACCCUCCACCCUCCAGCCCGGAUUCUGUCCCCUGCUGAGUCUCCUGUCCCUGGAGCUCCCCAAGAGCUCCCUGGAGAAGGACCAGCCUAGGUCAGCCAUUCCAGGGUGAAGACAAUAGAAGGCCUCCAGUGAUGGCUGCCAUCUUGUUCGGCAUCUUCUGCUCUUUCAUCUGCCAGGUUGUCCCUGAAGCUGUCACCAGUGAGCUCUCUGUGGAAGUUCCAGAAAAUUAUGCCGGAAACUUUCCUUUGUACCUGAAGAAGCUGAAGCUGCCCCCUGUGCAUUCCGACAGCCCUGCCGUCAUCCAGGUAGCUGGGGAGGGCGUCAAGGAAGGCCUUUUUGGGGUGGAAUCCGACUCUGGCUUCCUGUUUGUGACCAGACCACUGGAUCGUGAAGAGCAAGCCCAGUACAGCCUUCAGGUGACAAUCACUGCUGAAGACGGGAGCCUCCUCUGGGGUCCACAGCCCUUGGUAGUACAUGUAAAGGAUGUGAAUGACCAGGUGCCUCAGUUCACCAAAGCUGACUACGCAGGGACCCUGAGCCAGGGUACUCAUGCUGGCAUACCCUUCCUCUACCUCAGUGCUACAGAUGGGGAUGAGCCAGGCACAGCCAACUCAGAUCUUCGGUACCACAUCCUGAGUCAGACUCCAUCCCAGCCCUCCCAAGACAUGUUCCUGCUGGAGGUCAGGACAGGGGCUCUCACCCUCAGUGAGAAGGGGAGCUCUGAGCUUGAUCCUACUAUUGUGAGUCACUACCAGCUGCUGGUACAGGUAAAAGACCUGGGAGACCAGACUUCAGGUCACCAAACCAUGGCCACUGUGAAUAUUGCCGUGGUGGAGAAUACUUGGCUCCCUCCUGACUCUAUCCACUUGGCAGAAAAUGCCCAGGACCUGUGCCCCAGUUCCUUCACCCAUGUGCACUGGAGUGGUGGGGACGUGCAGUAUCACCUGGAGAGCCAGCCCCCGGGGCCCUUCGAAGUGAACGAAGAAGGAAACAUCUGUGUGACCCAGGAACUGGACAGGGAGAUCCAAGACAAGGUGAAGAGGCUGGGCUUGUUGGGAGUUAGGAUAUACGUGCACUGGAGUCAGAGGAUUUGGGAUCAAAUCCCAGCUUUCCUAAUUAUGCCUUCUAUGUUCUUGAGUAAACUACAACUUCUCUGUGGCUCAGUUUCUCCAUCUAUAAAAUUGGAGUUGAACUAUAUGACCUCUAAGGUCUCUUCCAGCUCUAAAAAUGAUCCAAAUGGUCCUCCCAGCUCUAGAUAUGAUGCAAUGACAAAGACCCACUGUACAACUAGGGAAACUAAGGCAAAGAGAAGUUAUAUGAUUUUUGUCAGGGGACACCCUUUUCUGAGAGGAGAGAAGUUUUCCUGGAAGUCCUUUCUGCCCUUCCCUCAUCCCCCCCAUUCCCUUCUUUCUCCCAGUCUGUUCCAUGCUACCUCCUUACUGCCAUGCCAAUGUGUCUAUAGGUUUUCAAUGAUGAAUGACUCCAAAAGAUGGCUGUCCAUUGAAGAACACUCUGGAGAGGUCCGAAUAGCUUCAAAACUGGGAACGGGACAGCCUAAGGAGACAUAUACUGUGCAAGUAGUAGCUGAGAUCAUAGACCAUCCCAGCUUGACUACUACUGCAGCCCUGGUGCUUCAUAUAGAGGGGGACCUCCCAUCCCCUGCUCAAAAAUCCCCCUCCCUUCCUGCCCCUGUCUCCUCCCGGCUCCAGAUCCUCUGCACUCCCCAGAAUGUGCCACAGGGAGUGGUCAUCAGUGGGCUACAGCAGGAGGGAGAGCAUGCUGCUCAUGAUGACCCCUAUUCCUUCACCCUGGGGGAGGACCCCACAGUACAGCGAGAGUGGAGACUCCGGGCACUCAACGGCACCCAUGCCUAUCUCACCAUGGCCCUCAGCUGGUUGGAGCCCCAAGAAUACUUCGUCCCAGUCUUCCUGACACACUCGUCUCAGACCCAACAACUCCAAAUACGAGUGGUGGUCUGUCUGUGUAACUCUGAGAGGCGAUGCUUGCUCAAGGUGGAUCGGAUGAAGGGAAUGCCCACACUGUUGUCUGCUGUUGGCAUCAUGGUAGGCACCCUUGUAGCAAUAGGUUUCUUCUUGAUUUUGAUCUUCAGCCACUUGGCCCUAGCAAGGAAGAAUGUGGAACAGCCGCCAGACAGCAUUCCCCUGAAGGCUUCUGUCUGAUGGAGCCAGGAGUUGUUGAGUCUCCUGCCUUCCUUAUAACCCAUAAUUUCCAUACCUCCAACAACAAGGACUUGGAUCCUGGACUGAGCUGGGUGAGAACAACCCCAGAAUCCAACAUCUCAAGGAUGAACCCGUGCCCUCCCAUUCUCAGGGGGCAGAAGGAGAGAGGCCAAGCACAAUCUCCAUCUAUCCAAGCAUGGGCCGGGACUUCUUCUCUCUCCAGAAUCCUCCUCUGAGGCUUGAGCCCCAUGUUCCUGCCAGCAAAAGUUAAGGCUCCCCUAAUGUGGCUAGCUUCUCACAUAAAUGCCUUCUAAUAAAGUGUCCCCCAAAGCCAUUAUGGAAUAAUAAAACCUGGUGGGAACUGAGUCCAGGGCUCUUAAGGAA